CAGACAGAUGGGGGAAUCUGUCUUCUUCUUUUCCUUGUUUGCAUUCCAUCUCCAAAAUUUCAUGAUGCAAAAGUCAUCGUGGGCUGAUUUGAGUUCCUGGGCUACCCAUUCUCAAUUCUCAUCAUUCACCAAUUAUUUACCCAUUUAAUAGUCAGUCUAGAAGAAUGGGGGCGGGGAUAUGGAGAUAAAAAUGGUGUUGGGCCGCAAUGAAAGAUCCCACUUCGGCCCAGAAACCAGGCCUACUUUCAUCUAUCGGGAUUUAUUCAGGUUUAAUGGUUCGAGAAGCCCUUACCUAAGGCCCAUGUGACGCACUGCAGUCUGCAAAUAGGUCGGUAGUUAUAUAUGAAAACUCUUAAUUUUUUUUUCUUUGUUCAUAUUAUUUGUUCUGUUCCUAAAACCCUACCAAAAUCUCAGCAUUUAAGUCCUAAGACCCUGCAAAUCGGGUCUUCCAGAGGAACAAGCUGCGGUAGGGCAACAUGGAACCGGAGAUGGUGAUUGCGUCAUCUUCAGUCGACGCCGGCAUAGGCUGCUGGGACCUCAAGACGGGUGCUAAGCAGUCGCUCCAUUACAAAUCCUGCGCCUCCACUCGCCACGGCCUUUCCGCCGUCGGCAGCCGCUUCCUCGCUUCUUCUCAGUUUCGAGACCCUAAGCUCGCUUCUGGUUUCAUUUACUACUGGUCUUGGUCCAAGCCGGGAGUUGAAGUGAAGAGCUUUGUGGAUGAGCCCAUAAAGCCUAUAGCUGCUAAUCGUGAAGGGACAUACCUUGUCGGUGGAGGGAUUUCCGGAAAGAUCCCCGGAAACAUAUAUCUUUGGGAGGUUGCUACUGGUAGAUUGCGUAAGAAAUGGCGUGGGCAUCUCCGGCAGGUCACUUGUCUGGUAUUCAAUGACGACGAUUCGCUUUUGGUUUCUGGGUCGGAGGAUGGCUCUGUCAAAGUGUGGGCACUUUUGAAGAUGCUUGAUGAUCAACAAACAGACGAUCCAUACUUGUAUAGCUUUGCAGAGCACACUUUGCCUAUAACUGACUUGGUGAUAGCUUAUGGAGGAUGGAACGCAGUUAUCGUUUCUGCCUCUGAGGACCGAACUUGUAAGGUAUGGAGCCUCUCUAAGGGUGAAUUGUUGAGAAGUGUUGUGUUUCCAUGCAUAAUCAGUGCAAUAGUCUUAGACCCUGGGGAAACACUCUUCUAUGCUGGUGGUAAAGACGGGAAGAUAUAUUUGACUGCUCUUAGUGCUAGUAGCUCCUCCAGCAAAAGUCCUUGGUUGCACAUCAUCGGUUCAUUGUCUAGUGGAAGUAAGAACUUGAACGAGGCUGUGACUUCCUUAGCAUACAGUACCAGUAAAAACUGGUUGCUUGCUGGAUCAGAGGAUGGAUCAAUUCGAAUUUGGGACCCCAAGAACAUGAACCUCAUUCGCGGGUUCAAUCAUGAAAAAGGUCCAGUGAACAAUCUCCAGGUCAUAAGGCGACGGAAGUCUUCACUACCACCCAAACUGUGGACACCCCAAAAUACUAAAGAUGCCGAUUCACCCAUUGAGGCAAUCAUUACCUUGCCGCAUAUCAACAAUAAUCUUCUUGAUGCUGCAUAUAUCACCUCUCAAUUGAUCAACGACCAACUCAAAGAACUUCAGCAAAAGGGUUCUUCAGCUGCGGCUGAGAUGUGAGUGGCAAAGCUGAAGCAUGAUCUUGCAGAGUCUAGACAAAUGACGAAGAGAUUGAAGAAAACUCACGACCUUCUGCAUGAAUUCUGCAUUGACGAGCUAUUGGAGGGUGAUCGCCCCCCGAAAGGGUAGUGUUGAUCAGGUUCUUUAGUAAUGAGCUCGAAAGUAAAUCUCUUUUGGAUACUUAAGCUAGGUAGUCACUGUAGCUGUUAGUUUCGUCCAUUUCAUGUCUGUUUUCACGAUUGGUAUUUAUUUACAAUUCAAACCAUACUCGAGAGAUGAGCGAUGAGCUAAAUUCAACGGCAGUUAAUCAGUUAUAUAGGAAAAUUUGCUUGUUUUGCAAGGACCUGCAUUCUGCAGGGGUGAUGUCUAGUAUAUAGUUACUAUUGUGUUAAUGCGAUGUCGGUUUAGGUCAUUAGGUGGUGUUGGACUUUCGCUCCAUUCGAAGGCCCUAAAGCGUGGCGGACGACUGAGUGAUGCACUCAUCACUCAUGUCAUGGCAAGAAUGUCGAAGAGGACAGAAGUUUAUAACGACAUCGUUGUGUUUUCCAUUGAUGAAUAUCGCGUGCGAAGGGGGAAAAUUGGUAUACAUGGCUCUAAAUUUUACUUAACAUUUUCUAAAGUUAAGGUAAUUUUUUUUUCUUUAUCUUUUUAAAGAUUUUAUUGUCAGGAGAGAUAAAAAAUAAAAUUAAACAAUACUG